UCACAUGUGAAUAUUGUGAAUGAAAACUACCCAUAAUAAUAUAUAUUUUUUACGGUUGUCUUUGGUUGUCUCCUCCGACGGAGUUGUAAAAUUUUAGCAAACAGUUGAAAUUAAUCAAAAUGACCUCUUGGGCGAGUAAGUUGUACAGCCCACACACAGGAUCAGAUGUUGUGGGAGAAUCAAAAACCCUGGCUGCUCUUGUCGAGGAGCAGGUAAAACUCAGAGGCGACCUGACUCCAAAAGAAAGACUUUACAGCAUGUACAGCGUUGACGAAUUUGGCAACUACAGCCCUGAAAUUUCGUCAGUAGGAGAAAUUGGAAUGGCUAGUUUCAUUGUAGGCGGAUGUGUUGGGGGUUUCAUCCACUCUAAAGCUUCGUAUUUGCACUGGAUGGAUAACAACAAGGCCACAUCAUUUACAGACCAUUUAGCCGCGAAAAGGAGUCUGCAAGACGCUGUUGUUAAAGGAAUUUUUAAAGGUGGAUUUAUGUGGGGUUGGAGAACAGCUCUAUUUUGCUCUGCAUACCAGACCGUAUCAUCAACAGUCGCAGUUUAUCGAGGAAAAUAUGGAAUUCUCGAACACACUUUUGGAGGAUGCACAGCUGGAGCUUUGUACAAAAUGAAUAUGGGCCUUCGAGGAUUCACAACUGGCCUCAUCCUUGGAGGAGUUUUGGGCACCGUGGCAGGCGCGUUAUCUUCUGCUCUUUGUUACUUAACGGGAACAGAAAUGGAACACAUUAGAUUUUAUCAGCACCAAUGGAAAUUAAGAGAAGAAGAGAAAAAGAGGGAGGCAAUACGAGCAGCACAAAAGAAGUCGGAAUUGGAUCUCCGAGAUGAAUUUGUAGGAAAGAACCGCGGUCUGGACAGCGUAGAUCAGAACAAUGCUUCUUAGUUGUGAUACUUAAAUAAACUAGGGUUAAAUAGAAAAAAAAUGUAUU